AUGAUCGCUGGUGCUCGAGCAUCGCAGGAUGCGGCGUCUUCUGCGAGCAGCACCACGGCGGAGGGCGGCUGCGACACCACCCGCGCGCCGGGCCCGCCUGCCAGUGUCAAGGCCCUGGUCCUAAAUGACACUGCAGUGCAGGUCGUGUGGCUGCCCCCGAACGACACCGCCUGCGUCGACGCAUUCACCGUCCGUGCGCGCGACGUCACCAGCGGCGCCCCUCUGCCCAAGCGCGACGUCAACACCAGCCUCUCCGCCGUGUACGCGGGCCUCACGCCGGGCGCCACGUACCGUUUCUUCGUCGCCGCCGCCGGCGCCGCCGCGGGCUCGGGGCGCGCCGCGAUCGCGCGCGCCGUCACACCGCCGGGGCUGCUAGAGGCGAAGCCGGGGCCGCCGGAGCGGUUCAAAGCGGUUGCAGCGGACGCCGCGUCGGUGCGGCUCUCCUGGGACAUCCCCGCCGGCAACCCACGGGUUGACACCUACAAAAUCGCGGUGCGCCAGACCAACACAACAGGCUGGCCCCUGCCCAACGGCAUCAAGCGCGACCUGGCAGUCCCAGGAACCCAGAGGAGCGCCUCCAUAGCCGGCCUGGCUGGCGCGUCCUACUUUGCGUUCGUCAUCAGGUCGUCCUCGGCCGCCCACGGCGACAGCGACCCGAACUUCGCGUUCCGCAACACGCCGGCGCGCGGCCAGGCGCCGCCGGGCGCGCCGCUCGACCUGGCGGCCCAAAGUGUCGGCAACGGCAGCGUGGUGCUCAGCUGGGCGGCGCCGCAGGGGCAGAGGGUGGACCUGUUUGUCAUCAACAUCACCCAGAUCGACCCAAAGAGCGGCGCGCGGCUGUCGGAGACAAACACGAUCCCGUUCCACAACACCACCGCCGUGAUACGGGAGCUGCAGCCCGGCGCAACUUACAAAUUCAAGGUCCAGUCCCUCGCGACCGCAUACGAGAACGGCGGCGCCGCCUCCACGACCCUGACGCUGCCGGCCCCUCCCGCCAACCCUGGGGUGGCGCCGCAGCCGCAGCCGCGCGCCCCGCGGACGGUGGUGCAGCUCGCGGCAAAGCCGAGCGGCGCCGGCCGGGCAGAGGUGACGUGGCAGCCCCCGUCUGAGGGCCCGCGCCCCGAUGAGUACCUGGUACAGGCGUCGGACCACGCAGGCCGCCCGCUGGGCACCAGCUUCAUCACGGAUUCCCCCCGCCUUGCGCUGACCGGGCUGCCCGCCGGCUCGCCGUGCGAGGUCUUGGUGCAGGGCGUGGUGGGCGGGGAGGUGUACGGGCCGCCCCAGGUGGUUUACGUCAUCGUGCCGGUCCCGGUGGCGCCGGUGACGACGGUGGCGGCGCCCUCGGUGGCGCGCCCUUUCGCGCGCACCUACCUGCUGGACUCGGAUCCCGUGGCGUGGCCGCCGGCCAUUCCUUUUGAGGAUCCCUGGAUUUUCUGGAACACCGGGUGGACUGUCAGCAGUUGGGCCGGCGGCUACAGCUCGGGUUGGGGCGGCGGCGGCCUCUGGUGGGGCGCCGCCCUGCCCGCCCUCGGACUGGGCAUCUGGCUGCCGCCCCUGGUGGCCCCCUCCUUCAGCUUUGCCCUGCAGUCGCUCGCCGGCGGCGGCGGCGGGGUCAGGCACCCGCGCGCGCCCGCGCCGGAGUUCUGGUGGGCGGACGGCGGCGCGUACGCGUACAACCGAUGGGCGGGCGCUGGGGGCGCGUGGGCGGCUGCGCAGCCCGCGUGGCGGGCGCCGCCGGCGCCGACGAUCUACAGGCCGCCCCGACCGAGCGGCUACAGCGGCGGCGGCUACAGCGGCGGCGAUUACAACAGCGGGUACAGUGGUGGCGGUUACAGCGGCGGUUACGGCGGCGGCUACGGCGGCGGCGGCGGCGCUGUCUACAGGCCGCCGCCCGCAUGGAACGGCGGCUGGAACGGGCGCCCCGGCCAGCGCCCCGCGCCCGUCUGCGGGCCCGCCGCCUACGCCCCGGCUUGGGGCCGCAGCCCCGGCUUUGGCGCCGGCAUCGUCAUCAGUAUCAACAUCAACAACAUAUUCAUAAACCAACGCCCCCGCACACCGUACGGCUACACGGGCUUUCCUGGCCCCAUCGGCCCCCGCACCGGCGGCCCCGGGCCCCUCCCCAACCCGGCGCCGCAGCCUCAGCCGCCUGCCCCUGGCGGCGGCAGCGGCGGCGGCGGCGGCCGGCAGGGCGGCUCGCCCACACCUGGGGCUGGGCAGCCCGGCGGCGGCGGCGGCGGCGGCGGGCCUCUUGUGUCGCCACCCCUGGGUGGCGGCAGCGCCGGCGGCAGCAGCAGCAAGCCUGGCGGGCCCCCAGCACCCGGCGUCGGCGGCAGUGGCGCCCCUGUACCUUCCGCUGCCCCUGCCAGCGGCGGCGGCGCGCCGAAUGGCUCCCCCGCCCCGGGCGGCGGCGCACCGCCAAACGGCUCCCCCGCCCCCGGCGGCGGCACCAGCGCCCCCAGCGGCGUGCCCCUCUCUCAGGGCAGCCCCGCCCCCUCCCCAGCCACCAACUUCCCCACGCCACCAGCCGCGGUCGGCCCCGCGCCCGCCGCCUCACCAACCACAAACACCAUCGCCGCACCCAGCACGCCAACCCCAGGCGCAUCGCCGGCGCCAGACGCCGCCGGCCCCUCGGCCCCCGCGCCCGGCGCCUCCCCGGUGCUGCCAGAGGGCGCGACGUCCAGCUCCCCGGCGCCCGGCGGUGGCGUCCCAACUGUCACUGCGGCGCCAGGCAUGAACCCAGAUACUCUGGCUGCGCCUGCCGGUGCGGCUGCCGCUUCUCCAUCCGCUGCUGAUGCGAACCCUGCAUCCUCCCCGGCGCCCGCCGGCGCCGACGGGGGAGCUCCGAAGGGCGAUGCGGCCGGCGCGGCGGCAGCCUCUCCGGCGCCCGCUGGCCCCAGUGGCGCCACCGCGGCGCCCGACGCCUCUGCGGCCGCAGGACCCUCCCCCGCACCUGCUGGCGCCGAUGGGGAGUCUCCAAAAGCCGACGCGUCUGGCGCGGCGGCGCUGUCUCCGACGCCCGUUGGCGCCGGCGGCGCCGCGGUCGCGCCCGACGCCUCUGGGGCCGCUGCGCCCUCCCCAGCCCCCUCGAACGCUCCAGCUGUCGCCGCCGGCGCCGCCGCCGCCGCGGCCUCUCCGGCGCCUGCUGACAGCGCGCCCGCCGCGGCCGCGGCCGCGGCAGGCGCUGCAGCGGCGCCGUCCCCUGACGUCGCGGGUUCGGCCGCUGGCGGCAACGAAGGCGCUGCUGAGGGCCCGAAAGGAGCAGCUCCGCUCGAAAACGCCGCCGCUACCGCUCCCUCCGAGUCCCCGACGCCCGAGGCAGCCGCCGCCGGCGCCGCGCCCGCGCCCGACGCGCAAACAGGCCUGCCGCCCGCGCCCGCCGGCGCCGGCGGCAGCGGCGAGGCGGCGUCCGACCCUGUGCAGACUUCAGAUUCCAAGGGCGAACCCGGCGGCGCAGAAGGCAGCAAUGGGGCCGCCGCGUCGCCUGCCCCUGAGGGCGCCGCUGCAGGGGCAGGCGCCCCGGCGGAGGGCAAGCCUGCAGAGAGCGGAUCAGGGGACGCCGACGCGGACGCGCUCACGGCCGCUCUAGGCCGCAACGCCGGGGCCCCGGCUGAUGGGCAAGCUGGAUCCAACUGGGAGGGCGCCCAGCUGCCGUGGGCGGCGGCGCUGCAAGCGGACGCCGCCGGCGCAGGCGCGGGCCCGGGCCGCGUGGAGGGCGCGGACGGGAACAGUGUCAGCGGCGCCCCCUCAGGCGGCGCGCCGGCCGCCGACGCCGCCCCGCCGGCCGCCGGCGGCUCCGAGCAGGCCCCAUCAACUCCCAGCGGCGGCGCCGAGGCGGCGGCGCCGGACGCGGCGGCGCCGGGCGAGUCCCAGCAGCAAGGGGGGACGCAGGGCGCCACCAACGCCCUGCUCAAUGCGAUGGGCGCGGAUUCCCAGGCCAACCCCAGCGCGUCUGGGGACGCAACACAUGCCGAGGGCCCCGCGGCCGCGGCAGGCGCACAACCUGCGAACCCCUCCACAGCCCCUGAGGCGCCUGCGCCGCCCGCCGCGGACACCGCGGCGGCCGACACGCCCGCCGCGCCAGGCGCCGCGGCGCCGGAGGCCGCCGCUCCCGCCGCGGACGGCGCUGCUGCUACCCCGCCCACGCCGGAUGCCGCUGCUAGAGAGCAGGCGGCAGGCCCGGCCGCCGCCGCGCAAGACGCCGCCCCCUCAGUCAGCCAGCCGGGCGAGGCGCAGGCGGCGGCGCCGGCGACUCAGCAGGAGGCGGCGCCUGCGCCGGCCGCUGAGCCGGCGCAUGCCGACCAGGCCAACGAGUCGCAGCCUGCGGCGGCGCCACAGGAUGCGGCGUCGGCGCCCGCCGAGCAGCAGCAGCAGGACACAUCGACGGAGGCGGCCCCAGAGCCGCAGCCGCAGGCGCCGGCCCAAACGCCCGCGGAGCCGCAGCCCGGGGCGACGCCGGAGGCGGCAGCGCCCGCGCCCGCCGCUCAGCAGCCGUCGGAUUCGCCGCAAGAGGCGGCUCCCGAGCCGCAGCCGCAGGCGGCCGCGGAGCCGCAGCCAGGAGCAGCAGCAGACGCGACGCCAAGCACACAGCCCGAGGCGCCAGCCACACCUGAGGCCGGGCCCGAGCCGGCCUCUGGCUCAGCACCCGAGGGGCAGCCAGAUCAAGCACCUCAGCAGCAGCCAGAGCAGCAGCCCCAGGUGCCGACUGCAGCAGACCCCGAGCCCGCCCUAGCGGCGCAGCCCGCGCCCGCCACACCAGCGCCGGCGCCUGAACAAGAGCCCGCCGCCCCAGCGCCCGAGCCAGAGCCAGCCGCCCCCGCGCCCGAGCCGGAGCCCGUCGCCCCCGCGCCCGAGCCCGAGCCAGUUGCCCCGGCGGCCGAGCCAGAGCCCGUCGCCCCACCGCCUGAGCCAGAGCCCGCCGCGCCAGCGCCGGAGCCCGAGCCCGUCGCACCACCGCCGGAGCCCGAGCCAGUCGCCCCGGCGCCGGAACCAGAGCCCGUCGCGCCAGCGCCCGAGCCAGAGCCCGUCGCCCCACCGCCCGAGCCGGAGCCCGUCGCCCCACCGCCCGAGCCAGAGCCCGUUGCCCCGGCGCCCGAGCCAGAGCCCGUCGCCCCAGCCCCAGAGCCCGAGCCCGUCGCACCCGCACCUGAGCCGGAGCCCGUCGCCCCACCGCCGGAGCCCGAGCCAGUCGCCCCCGCGCCCGAGCCAGAGCCCGUCGCGCCAGCGCCCGAGCCAGAGCCCGUCGCCCCACCGCCCGAGCCGGAGCCCGUCGCACCCGCGCCCGAGCCGGAGCCCGUCGCCCCACCGCCCGAGCCAGAGCCUGUCGCCCCACCGCCUGAGCCUGAGCCCGUCGCCCCAGCGCCUGAGCCCGCCCCAGCGCCCGAGCCCGCGCCCGAACCAGCCCCUGUGCAGGAGGCGCCGCCGGCCGAGGGCGGCGGCCGGCGGCUGCUGCGCCGCUCGUCCUCAGGCAAGUGCGCCGGUGGCAGGCGCGCCGGAGGCCGCUGGGGUAGUUGGGGCUCAUGA